AUGCGCAUACGCGCUACGCGCAGACUCCGGCACUUCCAUCCCGACUUCACCCACCCGCCAAGCACCCCCAUCCUCAAGUCGAGCGAUGGCGUCUACUUCUACUUCCCCCUCGAGAUGCUCAUACCCGUCUCCACCUUCUUCCGGGACAUUGCCACCUUCCCGACGCCGCAGGGCGACAAUGUCAUCCCGCUGUACUCGGCCCACAGCGAAGCGCUAUCGCUGGCCCUCAAGCUCGUCGCGGCGCGUCACGUCGGCGCGACGACCCCACCUCACCUCAAGUGGCCGAGCCGCGAGACCCUCAAGAACCUCUCGGUCAUCAUCGACGCUUACGACCUCCCCCUCGUCUCUGAGGCCCUCAUCACCGCCACCCUACCCCCCGACCCCCUGACGUCAGCGCCGGUAUGCUACGAGCGGGUCAUCUGGGCCGCCGCCGAGGGUGUGCAGGGCAUCUGCACCAUCGCACGAUCCACCGCGCUCCACCGCCUCGAGGACCAGGAGCAGACGAUCGUCCACGCACUGCACCAGUUUCCCCAAGCACUUCACUACGUCAACGACUGGCGCCGCGCGUUCGAGAAGUUGGUCGAGGAGUCCAUGAACAAGCUCCGUAUCCCAGCGACGCAGAUGGCAUGCUCGCGCUGCUUCUUCAGUGACGAGAUCCGCCGUUUCUACAGCUGGGGCUGGCACCGUCGCAGAUACCCCGAGUGCCGCCGGUGGGACUGGAAGACUGGCCACUGGAGCAGGGCUGAGAUGGACGACUGGGUCGACCGCCUCACGGACCAGCUCACUGCCAACGUCACCAAUCGCCUUGCCUGCCCCCGGGUGGCAGGUAGCAAGUUCCGUGCGUGCCUCAUGCUCCACCUGGACAACUUCUAUCGCGAGGUGGAGACUUCCAUGGCCAACGCAGUCAACAUUGGCGGCAGGGCCUUCCACCCAGAUUUCGCCGCGCCGCCGACCGACAUCGUCUUGCAGGCGGACGACGGGCUGCACUUCUACUACGAUCUCGCAGCUCUGGCACGCGUCUCAUCCUUCUUCAACGACCUGGCAGGCCUCCCCGCCGCAGAAGGCGACAAUGUGAUCCCUUUGGCCAUGGCCACGUCGCCAGCAUUAACGCUGGCUCUUCAUGUCGUGUCAGGUGCUUAUGGGCCAGAACAUCGGUUCCAGUGGCCACCGGACCGCGAGACGGUCGGCAGCCUCCUGGACAUGGCCGACGCGUAUGACCUGCCCGUCGUGGCAACCACCCUCUGGCAGCAGACCCCACCGGAUUCAAUAUGGGACAAUGGACACGCUUGCUUUGAGCGACUCGUCAUGGCCCAUACGCUGCGCACGCACGACCUCGACAUCGACCUCGCGGACUGUGCGCGCCUCACGGCCCUCCACCGGCUCGAGGCCCAGGGCGAGUGGGUCAAGAUCUUCCUCGACGAGCACCCAACCGCCAUGAGCCAGGUCGCGACGUGGCGGGCAGUCGUCGACAGCCUGAUUCGAAGCCUGAUGCUUGGCCUGCGCGGGCGCGGCGUCCUUCCAAACGCGUCUUCCAACCCAGGCUUCCCCUGGCGAUGGAUCCAAGACCGGACCCAGGCUGAGGUUGACCGCUGGCUCGAGGAACUCGAACGGCAGCUCCUCGACAAGCCAUGGUCUUACACUCAGUGUCCACCAAGCGCGGGGCAGCUCUUCUGCGACAGGGCACAGGGCAAGCUCGCCGCGUACCACAUUGCAUUGAGAAAUCUGUUCCCAGAGUUACCUGCGAGCGGGGCGCUCCUCGGCUGGGAUUGA